AUGAGAACUAAUGACAAUGGAGGUUCAGCCGCGGCGGCUGCGUCCGGCAACGUGCGGCAGCUCCGCCACAUUCGGUGCUUGCGGAUAUUGGCCAUUUUUCUCACGUUGAUCGCAGCAGCUUCGAUGGCCUUCUCCAAAGAGACCAAGCAAUCAUACAGCUACAACUCCCUUACGGGCAGGUCCACCUACUUUUCAAUCUCCGUCAAGGCCACUGACAAUUCGGCCUUUGUGUAUUUCAUCGUUGGCAACGUGUUGGUGUUUGUGUGGUCGGUGGUCUUAACAGUACUCUCCUGUAUCAAAAACUAUGGAUCUCGGCUUCUUCUUCCAGUAGCUAUUAUAGACCUGGUUAUGUUGAUCAUACUCGCCACAACAAAUACAGCGGCGACAGUGAUUGAAAAAGUGGCCUGGCAAGGUAACUCGCACUACGGCUGGGGUAAAUUCUGUAACUACACAAAAAAUUUUUGUGGCAUUGUUGUCGCCACCAAUGUCAUCUCAUGGCUGGCAACUAUGAUCUACUUUGCUAUCGUUGUGCUCUAUAUCGUCAUCAUUCACAGGAGAACUAAGUGA